UCGAAGUGUUCUUUCAUUAUGUUCUUGUUCUGUCAGCUGAAGGCAAUACAGUGUUCUUAGGUUACAUUCAUGCUAAUAUGGCAGCACUGUCAGCUGAAGGUUAUACAGGCAUUGAUCCGGUACUAGACCUGGGAACUGCACUUCUCAAAAACUCCAUCUAUGUGCAGGUUUGUCGCACUGGAGACUGCGAUGCUGAGGUAACCCGGAGUCAGCUGGGUGCAGUGGAGUUGAGUAACCCUAACCAUGAACGUCUUGUACAGUGUUUGCAGCAAAGAUAUGAUGAGUUGGAUGGAAAUGUACGGCUGCAGAUGAUGUUGAACAACCCUGCUCUUCAACUUACUAAAGACUUCUUUAACGAAGUGGCCCGUGGGGUUUUCUCUGAUGGGAAGUUCAACUGGGGCAGGGUGGCGGCACUUUUCUACUUUGCACAUAAACUUGUCAUCAAGGCUAUUUUAACAAAGAAUCCUGAAAUCAUUAGAAGUAUUAUCAGCUGGACCAUGUCCUUCAUUCAGGAUCAUGUGAUUAACUGGAUCAGGGAAGAGGGUGGAUGGGGGGGAAUUCUCUCUUACUCCGGGACCCCCACAUGGCAGAUCAUCGGGGUCCUCCUUGCAGGAUGUCUUGCCACUUUCCUGGUGAUUUGCAAAACUUGAAGGCGCACAGAAAAGUACAAGGAAUUUGAGGUGAACCAGUUUAGCAAAAGAGAACGAAAAGAGGGAAGAGACCAGAGGAAUGGACAGUUUGACUAAAAACAAAAUGGUGUUUUAAGAUCUUUCAUAUUCUGUUAUUUUUUCUAUAUUCAAUCAUGAAGGUGUAGGGUUAAACCUCUCAAGCAUAAAUGUAGUGUUUGCAACUUUUGGUAAGGAAUACAAUAACACAGUCAACCAAUCACUCAGCAUUAUGGUCUUGUUAGUCUCCUCUGUACUAUAUUUUUAUUGCUGGUAAAUCAAAAAACCCACUUUGCUACCCUUGUCUCUUUUUUAUACAUUGUUUAUAUAUUGGAUAAAGGUUUUAGGCUUUUCAUCAAUUCUUUUUUUGACAGUGCCUUGGCCUUUUACAAGACACCACUCUUUUUCUGUCAAUUGUGUACCCUGAUGAAGUCCAUGCACAUCUUAUCUUGUAAAAUGCAAAAUAAAACUGUUUUUAUUCAUUUCAAUUUAUUUAAGAGUAACAGAUUCUGAUCUUUUAACUGUAUGGGGACUGGACAGGGAUUAUCUUAAUCCAGGACUAGGCUUUAGUUGAAUUAGGACAUUUAAGUAUAAUUUUUACAAAUAAACAUGUUUUACUUUUCUAUCACUUUCUACAUCAUUCUAUAAUUUUGGAAAGAAAUGCAUGUACAACAUAAUUUACUACAAUACCUUAAAGAUUUCUUAAAAUGCCAACCAUUGAAUAAUCUCUUGGAUCUAAUCUUUACACAUUUUUUAUGGUACCAAAUGCAUUAAAACCUUAUUCACAAACAUGCUGGGCUGCGUUUCCCCAAAACAUUGUAAGCCUACGUUGAUUGUAGCUCCAUUGGUAACAAUGGUUCUAAAAUCAAUUUAAGGUUACGAUGCUUUUGGGAAACGCAGCCCUGAAAGGAUCUUUAACCAAGGCAGAGAAUAAAAAAACAGAAAGUGCAAGGUUGACCCUGUUGCUAUGGAAGAUGUCAAAAAAAUGAAAGCUUACAAAAUGCCCAGUGAUCCUCUACAUUGCCAUAUAUAAAUGUUCUUUUACCACGUCCUCCCUCUCUCAAAAGAAACAAGUUUCUUAAUAUGGGGAGACAUAAAUUAGGGAAAUACUGAACACAUCGGAAACAACAUUAAAUGUUAUCAAUUUAUAUACCAAGAAUACGAAUUCUCAAUGGCAUGUUGAAU